ACUUAGCGAAGGUGGUAUCGUAAGAACAACGAUGUGUUCUAUUAAAUAAAUUGUGUUUAGUGUUGUUUGUUCAUUUUGGGGUUGAAAUGGUUUGGUUAGAGUUAUAGUGUUGUGUUGCGGAAGUGGACAGAUAAGAGAAUUACUCCAGAGAUGGCAGAGAUAAUAUUACAGCGUCGCAAGUUCGCCUCGGUAGCCAGCGAGCCGCCCCUACUGCUGCUGCUGCUGUCGCUGAUGGCGGCGCAGGCGCAGGCGCAGGUCGUCAACCGCGCGCCGCACUUCGUGCCGCAGACCGGAGACAUGGCGCAGUUCUCGCUGCCUGAGGACACGCCGGUCGGAACACCAGUCUAUCAUUUAAAAGGAAUCGACCCAGAAAAUAGCCAGUUACGGUAUUCCAUAUCGGGGCAGUACUUCUCGGUGGACGCGCUCACCGGGGUCGUGACGCUCGCGCGCUCGCUCGACAGGGAGCACCAGGACGCCUUGGAAGUCAUCAUAAGUAUCACGGAUGAGGGCAUAGCAGGCUCGGAGCCCAACACGGUGUCGCUGCGGCGCGUGGUGCCGGUGCGCGACGCCAACGACCACGCGCCGCAGUUCCUCGGCCGCCCCUACCUGCUCAACGUCAGCGAGGCCACGCCCGUCGGCGCUGAACUUCACGUUACUCCAAACAUAAUAGUGACCGACCUGGACGAUGGAGACAACGCUAAAAUUCAAGUAAAAUGCUCCACAAAAGAGAAGGGAAGCGAUGCGGAGGCCUGCCAUACGUUUAGAGUGGUCACUGAAAUGAUAACUUCCAACAAGUACCAAGUCCGCAUAUUCCUGAACAACCCCUUAGAUUUCGAGAGCCGCUCCGCGUACGUGCUGAGCCUGGAGGCCAGCGACGCGUCGGCGCGGCCGCUGCGCGCGGCGGCCAGCGUGGCGGUGGCCGUGGCGGACGUGCAGGACCAGCCGCCUGCCUUCCUCAACGCGCCCUACUCCGCUACCGUGCCCGAGAACACACCCCCUGGCACAAGCAUCAUGGAUAUAGUUGCUAAGGACGGAGAUACGGCCAACCCAAGGCCGGUGUUACUGACGAUUGAGGGAGAUACUGAAAAUUACUUCCGGUUAUCUCCUGAGAGAGCCAUAGGACGUGCCACCUUAGUUGCCACCGAUAUUCCAAUAGACAGAGAAAGUGAAACGGUCAUGCAAAAUGGUGGAGUGUAUAGCUUUUUCAUAAAAGCAACUGAAUUGAUAAAUAACGAAGUGCCAUCCGAUUUCACGGUCACACCAGUCACAAUAAUUGUCACUGAUGUAGAUGAUCAUGUUCCUGUAUUUAAUAGAGAUGUUUUUGAUAUUUCGAUUCCAGAAAACAUUGAAAAUGGGAGUCCUAUCCCAGGACUAUCAGUUUAUGUAGAAGAUAAUGAUAUUGGACAAAAUAGUAAAUACGAUUUAAGCCUUCGCGAUAUUUACAAUUCCGAGGGCGUAUUUUCUUUAAGUACCCAGCAUGGAGAGGGAAGAACACCAGUAAGCGUUAAAGUAAAAGAUUCAUCAAAAUUAGACUAUGAUGUAGAUGAUGAUGAAAAGAGAAUUUUUAGUUUUGAUAUUGUGUCUUCCAUUGAUGAUAUAAAAUUAUCAUCCACCAGAGUAAAUAUAAAGUUAUUAGAUAUAAAUGACAAUGCCCCUAUUUUUGAUCAAGCAAGUUAUAAAUUCAAUGUAUUAGAAAAUGCUACAAUUGGAAUAAAAAUUGGUGAAGUACAAGCAAUGGAUAAAGAUUACGGUAUAUUUGGAGAAAUUGAAUAUACUCUUACUGGAUUUGGUUCAAAUGUAUUUAAAACUGAUAGAAGCAAAGGAGGUUUAUACGUACGUCAACAACUGGAUUAUGAAAAACAAAAGAGCUAUAGUUUAACUCUUGUCGCCAAAGAUGGUGGAGGAAAAGGAACUACAACUAGUAUUUAUAUUGACGUUAUUGAUGUGAACGACAACGCACCUAUUUUCGAAUCAUCUGAUUACAGUCGUACAAUUAGAGAUGGUGCUACUAGCUUUGAACCACAAUUUGUCAUAAGGGCCACCGAUGCAGACGGUAGAACUCAAGGCGAUGGUCGAAUAAGAUACACACUUGAAUCAGACAAUAGUAUUACUCACAAAGGAAAUGUUUUCGCCAUAAAUGAGAAUACUGGAGAAAUUACCAUAUUAGACAAAGUAGAAACUAUGGACACCCCCAGAGGUCAAUAUGAGUUGGUUGUAAGAGCUACUGAUUAUGGUAUUCCUCCACUCUACAAUGAAACUAAAGUUUACAUUCGUGUUGGAGUACCUGGAAAUCAAAGACCGACCUUUAAAGGCAACUACCAUCAUUACAAGUAUACGGUCAACCAGCGAACUCCAGAGAGCAACGAGGAGUAUACCUUCGACCUGAAUCCUAUGAACUAUAAGGCCAACAUCAGAGAAGACGCCAGACCCGGUGAAAAUGUCACCAGCGUACUAGCAAAUGAUCCUGAUGGGUUGGACGACCUGUUGACCUACCAUAUUGUAUCGGGGUCUAAAGAUAACUUUGUAAUCAAUGAAAAAACAGGACUCAUAACUGUCUCUAAUGAUGCUAAUCUGGACCGUGACAUAAACAAUGAUAAGUACGAAAUCAUCGUUUCGGCAGUUGACAGUGGAAUGCCUGUUCCUGAGACCGCGACCACGACCGUAUUUGUUACAAUAGAAGAUGUCAACGACAAGCCGCCUAAAUUCAAUAUGAGUGAAACCACUACAUACAUUUCUGAAAAAACUAAAAUUGGUAACUCUGUUACUAAAAUUGUGGCUUAUGAUACAGACAUAAACAACAAACUCAAAUUUAGUAUCAAGGAUCCAGUCAAAGCCUUUUCAAAAGCAGGUGUACAGUUGAAACCUAAUUCUCCUUACGACUACAGAAAUAUAUUCCGUAUUGAUGAAGACACUGGUGAAAUAUUUGUCAAUGGAACUUUAGACUACAGUCAAGCAUCUAUAGUAAUUUUAACAAUUAAGGUUGAGGAUACAAAUGCGGAGUUAAAUAAAGAUAAACAACAUUCAUACACAGAACACACCGUCUACAUCCAACCGUACGCUGAUAAAAAUCCACAAUUUGUGAAUCCCGGAUGGACCAGUUCUAACCCUGUUAUAUAUCACAAAAUAAAGGAAGAACAACCUAUCGGCAGCACUGUGUUAGUAAUAAUGGCCGAAGACCCUGUUUCUGGGCAUGUUAUUUCUAACUUUAAGGUUAUUAAUUCUGAGACCGGUUUACUACAAGUCGAUCCACUUAGUGGCCAAGUUGUGUUAACGAAACAUUUAGAUUACGAAGAAUUAACCUCUCCAAACUUAACGUUAACAGUGCAAGCAACUAGCAAUGAUGGAAGUAAACACAGCACAGCCAAAAUAAUAAUUGAAGUCAUAAACAUUAAUGAUAAUUCUCCUAUAUUUGAGAAAGAGUUGUACAAAGUAAGUGUGUUAGAAUCGAUUAAACAUUCAGAACAAAUAGUCAAGGUAACAGCAUCGGACGCAGACGCCGUGCUCACUGAGAAUGAUCGACUCAAUGGAUAUUCUUCGCUGACGUACUCAUUGAGAGGAGAAAACUCUGACCUGUUUACUAUCGACAAUGUCACUGGAAUCAUACAAGUGGCUUCCAACAAAACUCUGGAUCGCGAGCGUCAGUCGGUCCUACGUCUGGAAGUGGAGGCGGCGGACACCCCGGCCGGCGGGGCGCAGCGCCGCGCCGCCGCCGCCGUGCUCCUCGACGUGUUGGACGUGGACGACAACGCGCCCGUCUUCGACAAGAGUGUCUACACGGCCGUGGUCCCCGAAAACGUUCCAGUUGGCAUUAGCGUGAUCCGCGUUACAGCAAACGAUCCCGACGAAGGGCUAGGUGGAGAAGUCAGAUACGAGUUAUUAGAUGAAGGAGAAGCCAACGGCCUAUUCUCCAUCUCGCCACUAACCGGCGAGAUCGUGACCACCCGCGAGCUGACGGGGCGCGGGCGCACGGAGCCCUACCGCCUGGUGGUGGCGGCGGCGGACGGCGGCGGGCACUCUGGCGCCGCCGCGCUCGCCGUCUACAUCGGCGACGUCAGCGAGAACGACGGCGUGCCGCGGUUCAUCCGGCCCGCGCACGGCGAGGAGAUCAGCAUCAGUGAGAAUGCAACAAUCGGGUCCCCGGUGUACCAAGUGGUGGCGAGCGACCCGGACGACCCCACGCAGCCUUCUGGACAACUCUACUACUCAAUACAACAGAGCAACACCGACGCAAAGAUUUUCGCUAUAGAUGCACGUUCGGGGCUGAUCACGACGCGGCAGGCGCUGGACCGCGAGAAGCGCGCGCGCUACACGCUGGUGCUGCAGGCGGCGGACCGCGGCGCGCCGGCGCAGCACGCCACGCGCAUCGUCGCCGUGCACGUGGCCGACGUCGACGACCACAAGCCGCACUUCGCCAGGAAUCUGGAUGAUCCACCGUUGUUACUGACGGUAAAAGAAGAAGUUCCGCAUGGAACCGUCGUCGGCCAAUUCGAGGCCGUCGAUGAAGAUGUCGGUGACAAUGCGGCCAUAGAUUACGUGAUUACUGCUGGGAAUGAUCAAAAUCUCGUGCGCUUAGAACGAACAAAUAACAGCAAAGCGUCUGUUAUUACUUCAGCGCGCCUCGACAGGGAGGUGGUCGCGCGACUGCUGCUCACUGUGAGGUGCUUCAAGCUCGGCACCAAGCCCAGGGUCACCCACGCGUAUAACAGACUGGAUCCUUCCGAAAUUCAAAUUCUAAUAAAAAUAAUAGAUAUAGAUGAUCAUUUACCGGAAUUUGAAAGUGCCAACAUGACUGUUGGCGUCCGCCUCAACGUGCCCAUAGACACCGCCAUUGCUACUGUAAAGGCAACUGACAAAGAUCCAGAAGCGCUCCCUAUUGACUAUAAAAUUGUAAAUAUGAGUUUUGAAUCGCCGAUAAAAUCUAAAUCUGUGAACAACAUCACUGACGUCAUCAUCCUGAACAACACGACCGGAGAGCUGAAGAUUAUGAAAAAUCUCAUUCAUUUUGCUGAUGGUGUUUUUAGAAUAAUUGUACGCGCCAACAACUCUCAAGAUCUUGAUCGAUAUGGCAUUACAUUGGUAGAGGUGGUGGUGGUCCGCGAGCGCGACCUGCUGCGGCUGGUGGUGGCCGGCAGCUCGCGCGCGCGCCUGCGCCAGCUGGCUGCGCGCCUGGAGCGCCUGCUGGCGCCGCGCGGGCUGCGGCUGCAGCUGCACGACGCCUUGCACGACGCCUUCUACGACAACCCGGGGCCGUGCUUCCAAUUCCGCAAGAGCUCGAGCGGCGAGGCGCUGUCGCCCCGCGCGAUGUCGGCGGCGCUGCGGUCGCUGGGCGCGGAGCUGCAGCGCGAGCUGGAGGCGUUCAGCGUGCGCGACAUCACGCGCUGCGGCGCCGCGCGCGCGCGCCACUCGCCCGCGCAGCGCGCGCUGCUGGCGCUGGCCGCCGCGCUGCCGCUCGCCGCGCUCGUCGCCGCCGUCGUGCUCUGUUGCAUGCACUCUAAUGCCAAGCGUCGUUCGCGGUCGGCGUUGCUGGCGUCGCGCGCGGCGCCGCCGAGUCCGCUGCCGGCGCCAGCCGCGCGCCUCUACGCCGAGCCGCUCUACACCACAUGAUGUCUCGCUCAUUGGAAACUAAUAGCACCAUUCUUAAGAAACGCGAUUCGAUACGAUACUCACAAGUCCAUACUCAUUCUUGAAUCGGAGCUUCACUGCCAAUGCUGAGCACGAGCUUGAUGGGUGGAGAUAGACUAACAUUAGAGUUUCCAUGCCUAACGAGGACCUCUAUGUGUAGCCCUACCUAGAGGCUCGUAGAAGUGGUGAGCUUUGCCAUAAUUAUUAUCCCCCAGGUAAAUGGUGGCUUAUAAUAGUAAGUUUUUCUUGUUACGAAUGUGCGCGAUGGCAACUCGCGCACCCCGGAACAUCAGCGCUGGCUGUGCAGCCUGUUGUUUACAGCCGGCAUUACGCCCUUUCGGGAACACCAUCCUACUUGUACAUAUUCUUGUUUUUUUUUUUUUUUUAUUUCUAAUGGUGUUUUAUUUUUAAGAAUAAAUUCUUUUUACUUUUAUUACUUUAAGUAAACAUAAAAAAAAGUAUUUAUUGAAUGGUUAAAAAAGGAGACCUAUACAAACUAUUACAAAAAAGAAUAGGACCACUCCAUCUCUUUCCCAUGGAUGUCGUAAAAGGCGACUAAGGGAUAGGCUUAUAAACUUAGGAUUCCUCUUUUAGGCGAUGGGCUAGCAACCUGUCACUAUUUGAAUCUCGGUUCUAUCAUUAAGCCAAAUAGCUGAACGUGGCCAUUCAGUCUUUUCAAGACUGUUGGCUCUGUCUACCCCGCAAGGGAUAUAGACGUGAUCAUAUGUAUGUAUGUAUGUAAUUCAAAAUAGAAGACAUGGUACACUUGGUUUUGAAAAUUAGAAUUUAAAAGUUGAGAACGAAAGUCUUAUUUAAUUAAAUGCCGCUUACAGAUUACUUACUUAAUGUAUGCGUAUUAAUUUUUAAAUUUAAGCUGCAUCUGUACAACACUACAUAUAUACAGACAUACUUCGUUCAAUUUGUUGUUAAUAAGUUAAUAUUACGUUAAUUUAUAACAAGUCUACCCAAACGCCACAGACUUUUUGUAACUUAAUAAAGAACUAAUUUAAGGUACGGUAAGUUUUCAUCAAUAUUAGAUAUGUAUGAUUUAUAUAAAUUAAAUCUGUAUUAUAAAAUCAAUGUAUCGAAAAGGAGUAGGUAACUUAACACAAAUUGAUGAGUUUACAUUUGGUGAUAAGCAGACUUUACAAAAAUUUAUAAGAAAUAUAUAACUGGUAUUCAUGUACAAAAAUUAUGUGUCAUUUUACCAUAAUUUAGUGUGAUACUACAAAAUAAUUAGCUAAGUCAAAGUGUUGUAUUA